AUGGAUGAAGAUUACUACAAAACACUUGAGAUAAACAAGAGCGCCAUAGCUGCAGAUAUCAAAAAGGCAUAUCGAUGUCUCGCGUUGAAGUUUCACCCAAACAGCACUAAAGAAGCAGGAAGCGCAGACAGGUUCAGUCAGCUGGGGGAAGCCUACGAUGUUCUCAGCGACCCUCGGAAAAAGGCAACCUAUGACCGGUUUGGUUUGGAGGGACUAAAGGGUGGGAUUCCACCUGAGUUUGGCAAAGGUGGGGCCUGGUCCUCUAAAUAUGCCUAUCACGGGGAGCCAGAAGAUACAUUUAUCGAGUUCUUUGGAUGUGACAACCCAUUUGCAGUCUUCUCUGAAAAUGAUGUACCACUUCAGUUUGUUGGCCUGCAACCAGUCGUGGUGAAGACACAAGACCCCCCAGUAGAGAAAGACCUUGAGUUGUCCCUGGAUGAACUGUUCCUCGGGUGCACAAAAAAGAUUAAGAUAUAUCGCAAUGUUAUGAAUGAGGCUGGAUUAUCCAGUGUCAAAGACAAGAUCCUCUCUAUAGAUGUAAAUCCUGGAUGGAAAGAAGGCACAAGAAUUGUUUUCUCCAAAGAGGGAGAUCAGCUGGGACCCAACAGCAUCCCUGCAGAUAUUGUGUUCAUAGUGCGGCAGAAGCCUCAUCCACUGUUUGAAAGACAAGGUGAUGACCUGAUCAACCAGACCCUAAUCUCUCUGGAGAUGGCCUUGACUGGCUUCUCUGUGAAUGUGCGGACAAUAGAUGGAAGGCUAAUCGAUAUUCCCAUCAACGACAUUGUGCACACUAGAUACAGAAAAGUGGUGCCCGGAGAGGGAAUGCCGUUGUUCCAGGAUCCUUCACAGAGAGGAGACCUCAUUAUUCAUUUUGACAUCCAGUUCCCAGAGAAGCUGUCCGCUGACAGAAAGCAUCUGAUCAAAAAAGCUUUGAAAUAA